AUGGAUAAUUAUAGAUACGGCUUCAGCUCAUGGCACAGUUGGAGCCACAGGAAUCUGAAAGUAACGGAGAAAGUGACGCACUGGCACGGGGGAGACGAGGCUGGCGAAUAUGAUCAGGUGAUCUUGGCCGAUGACGAUGGAGAGUGCCGGUUUUACUUUCCGGUGGACCAAUCUCCGGUCGCCACCGCCGCCAGCACCCUUAACUCCGCCGUCGGCACAAGGCUGUGGAGUUACGGGCUCGGUGCUUUCGUCCACUCGACAAGCUUCCGCGACGCCUUCGACCACGACGACAACGCCAAUGCCAUCAUCGCCGACACCAGUAGGGCUGCUUUUGGAAGACCAUGGCUGAGACAGGCCGGCCGCCUUCGGCCCCAAUACCGGCCUCUGCCACAGCUAGGGGACUUCACGCCACAGACAAUCGGCCUCGAUCCGCCAAGGAGAAGUCUCAUACCAUCCGUGGCCACAUUGCCGUCAGCUGGAAGCUCUGCGACGAGCUCCAUACAUUUUCUCGUCCCUUUCCCGAUCCUUCUGCUUGGCGGUCUCCCAGGAUCAGAGAACAAGGAUGCCACCAUUACCGGAGAUACGCGAGUUAGCAGGGGUAAUAAGAGGGCGCCCGAGAAAUUCUUUUGGCCGCCAUGCUCGUCGCCGAUUCAGUAG